CGCGCCCGCACCCGCACCCAUAGAAAUGCUUUUUUGUUUUGUUUUUAUUAAGAAAAGACCCGUGCAAUUCAUCCAUCUCAAGCUCUACAGUCAAAUUAAUUUAUGCAGAGUGUUGAAGUCCUGUUUAGAUCUACUAGGCCUUCAUUCUAUGUAGAGAGAUGAAUCUUCAAUCGGGCAAGAGAAAAUUGACUGCUCGAGAGUUUAAGGAACUUGUGACAUCACAGGCAAGGAGAGUGAGGGCCAAAGAUGAUAUGCAAACAAAGUCUCUAUCGGUUCACAACUUUGACGAUCACACACAAGAACUAACCUCUACCUGCGAUUCACAACACAGAAAUUCCAAAGAGGAUAAUAAUGGGACUGAAGGUGAAGAAAGCAAAUGUCUCAUAUGCUCUAAUGGGGGAAGGCUCUUAUGUUGUGCUGGAAAAGGAUGCAGGAGGAACUUCCACCCGUGUUGUGUGGACCCCCCCCUAAAAUAUUUCCCUCUUGGAACGUGGUAUUGUAUUUCUUGUGUGAAAAAGAAGGUGGAAUUAGGUGUGUAUGCUGUAUCUGAAGGAGUGGAGUCUGUUUUUGAUUGCAGAGACAAUAAUUAUGAUAAUGAAGUUACACAUAAGCAGAAGAAAGUUGAGAAGGAAUAUUUAGUAAAGUACAAGGGCCUUGCUCAUAUUCAUAACCGCUGGAUCCCAGAGAGGGUUUUGAUUCUUGAGGCUCCAACAAUGCUUGCACAGUUCAAGAAAUUCAAUAAGAAGGUGAGUUGGAAAAAGGAUUGGACUAUGCCUCAUCGUUUGCUUGAGAAAAGGUUGUUGCUAUUACCAGGGGCUAGUGAAAUGAAUUCUCUGUGGCAUAAUGGUGAUGGUUCUGAUUCUCAUUAUGAGUGGCUUGUGAAAUGGAUGGGCCUUGACUAUGACCAAGCUACUUGGGAAUUAGAGACUGCUUCGUGUUUAAACUCCCCUGUUGCAUUAAAAAUGAUCAGUGACUAUGAGCGUCUUCGUAAAAAGCCAAACCUGAUGUAUGUCCAGAAAAUAAUGACAAGGUAUUUCUAGCUCUUUGAGGGCGUCCGCUAACAUGCGAAUUAACUAUUUUGCAUGUGAAAUGUGGGUAGUAAAACACCUUUUCCUGAGCUUUUAAUAGCACCAUUUGAAUGUGCAUCUCAAGUGCACAUUAGUAAUUUCAUUUAUGUGAACAAACUUAUCCGAUAUUGGCAGACAAGAGAAAAUGCAGUUGCUAUUGACAACCAGGUUAAUGAUUUAACGUUCCUUUUCAAGUUUGCCUGAAUUUUGGUUUUUUACCUCUGUUACAUGUUUUGAUGGACCGAUGAGAGUAAACCUAAAUUGCAUGAGGGUGAAGGUGAUAAAAUUGUCAUCUCAAUCAUUAUUAUUAUUAUUAUUAUUACUAUUAUUAUAUUUUUUUUACUGCAUCUGAAAAUAUAAUACUCCCUCCGGUUUUUAAUAAACUUCACACUUUCCUUUUUGGGACGGUCUAAAAUAAACUUCACACUUCCUUAUUUCCUUUUUUGGCAAAGAAAUCUACAUCAAAACAGUGCCAAACAGUGUCUCAACAGUGCCAAACAGUGUCUCUACAGUGCCAAACAGUGUCAAACAGUGCCUCAACAGUGUACUCUACAGUAAAGUCAAAUUUCUUUCCUUAUUUUGUGUGAAGUCAAAGUGUGAAGAUUAAAUAAAACCGGAGGGAGUAAUAAAGAGUAGAGCAAACUACAAAAAACUACCGAAUAAAACUCUACAAAAAGCUCCACUACUUAAGGACAUAAUAUAACAAUAAAGGACGCCUGCCUGGCUGCACAGUAACACCACUGUGCUACUACAACUACUAUCUCCCGUGGCACAGGUAGCAGAGCUUAAGUGUAGCACUGCCACUGACAGCGGCGCUGGACAGUGGGACCCUAGUCAUUAGCUGUGCCAGACAGCAGUGGCACCAUUAGUAAAUAAAGUUUGGAAGGGAAAACCCCGCGGUGUAAAACAACAUAAGUUCAAUUUUAGAUGAUGGCUCUUGUCUUCCACACAAAUAAGGCGUCUCACAACUACCGCUAUUCCACAUCCGUUUCAGAAAGAUAGAAAAAUCCUCCGUCAUACUUCAAAAACCAAAGUUGAAAAAAAGUUUUGAAGGCUUUGUAUUUUACUUCUCCAAAAGAUCACUGUAGCUGAAGCCGAAGCUGUGUUCUCCGCCACAGAGCCUGCAGAAAAAAACUUGCAUACUCAAAACUGGCAGCGGAUCCAAUGUUAAUGAAUAUUCAGGCAACCUUCACGGUGGUUUCUGAUAAAAAAUCUGCCUAGCUGUGAAUUCUCACACGCUGACGGGUGCGAUGGAUCUGAAAACUGACGGCUGUGCGUGCGGCUGAUGCGUGGUAAUUUGCCAAUGUGGAUUUCAAUGGCGUGGUCGCUGGCGGCAGGCGCACCUGGUCAGGACGAAGGUGAGAGGUUCUGACUAAGUUCUGAAUGAGGUUCUGACUAAGGUUGGAGGUUCUGGACUCUAAAAAUUAGACUGGAAUGUAAUCGCUCUAAUCUAUAUUAUAUAGUAAAACAGAAAAGUGUGGGGGAGUUUGGGCGGGAACACUGUAGCAAUUUUGUUUUUUCGUUUUUUACGUGAGGGCUGCAUUAAUUGUGUUUUAGAAAUAGGUGUGCUCAUUACCAAAUUGAAAAGCAUUGGAAGCCGGAAAGCCAAACGUUGUAAAGCAACGUGCUGGCGGACAUUUGUUAUCAUUAUUAUUUCUUAAAAGAUUAAACACAAAGUAGUAUGCAUUCGUUGGCUAAGUACCCCGUAGCAAUUUGGGCUUUUAAUUGCUGUAAAAAAAUACGGAGUACUACGUAAAUCACAUGGGAAACUGUAUGUAGAGAAGACAAAAAACAUCGCAGGGUGGAAUUUUUUUGGAUCUAAAUGCAUGGGCAGGCGGCAAUAAUUAUGGAGUAUUUUUUGGCUUUCCCAAUUCCCAUGGCGGCUGGUUGAAGAGCCUGCAAUGACUUCAAAGGCCAAUAUAAUCUAAUACGUAGUACUACGUAUAUAAAUACGAUCCCAAUUCUCUUAAGGGUAUCAUAAUUACUAUCAGUCUAUCAUAAUGGAAUUUGUUGGAUCUAAAUGCAUGGGCUGUGUAAUUAAGAGUUUGUUCAUUCGUUUAUUGAUGAAAAUAUAAAAUAAAUUAGAUCGACUCCCCUCUUCCUGCGUACUAAUAACAUCUUUUUCUUUCAUUUUUCAUUCUUUUUCUUUAACAAAACACCGUAAUUAAGAACUAAGGAUAACUUAAAUAUAAAUGUCCUAAUAUGCAAAAUAAAGUAACGUGCUAAGAGUAUAAAUGCAAUUAUGCAAAUCACAGAUGUUAC